AGAAACACGAGAUUACAGAAUAGGGAGGGCUGCAUGGAGAACAGAAAAGACAUAACAAAAGCCACACAUUUCAAGUAAGAGGCGCUGGUCGCUUUUUAUUUAUUUUUGUCAAAAAGAAGAUAUUCCAUCCAUUAUCCACGCUGAUCUCCGUUAAGCGGCAAUAUUGAGCGCGUUUUGCAUGAUGCCUAGUAGCACGUCUUUGUUGGAGGCCGAUGAGGGAGAGUCCGAGGUCCCACCGCCGCUCCUGCACGCCUUCGCCGGCAUGGGCCUUGACGAUCACCACGGGACCCAAAGCCAGCCCACCGAACAAGCGGACGAGAGCAUUCCCUUCCACCACCACCACCUCGCCCCGGUCUCGCAUUUCAGCCUCGUAGGUACGGUCCUCGACUUGAAACCUUUGUCGCUGCAGCGGCCGCCCUCGGGGGAUGAAGUGACCCAAACGGCGGCGCCGGAUGACGAAGAGCUCGAAGGUGUCGCGCUCGACCCUUCGGGCUCGCUCCUAGCUCAGGCCCACCGCAACCAGCACCUCCCACCCGGGCCGAAUACCCCCCUGAUGCCGUCCGUCAUGGAGCCUCCCCACGCCGAGGCGGUGCUGCGGUACAGCGGAGAGGAGCGGGAUGACGCCGGGAUUGGCGGCAGCGCCUUACUACCUCCGGCUAGCAGCAUGGCGAUGCUACCACCCGGCGUGUACGCGGACGCCGGGUUCGAGGCCGAGCCGUCCCUUCUGGCCCGACGAAAGAGCGUCAACACGACCGAGUGUGUGGCCGUGCCGAGCUCCGAGCACGUCGCCGAGAUUGUGGGCAGGCAGGGCUGUAAGAUCAAGGCCCUGCGAGCAAAGACCAACACCUACAUAAAGACACCGGUGAGGGGCGAGCAGCCGGUCUUUGUCGUGACGGGGCGCAAAGAAGAUGUGGCCAUGGCUAAGAGGGAGAUCCUCUCGGCCGCCGAGCACUUCUCCCUCAUCCGAGCCUCUCGGAAUAAGACGGGCCCUCUGUCUGCGGCGACCGGUUUAGGGACCCCCUCUCUGCCCGGACAGACCACCAUUCAGGUGCGGGUACCGUACCGUGUUGUUGGACUGGUUGUUGGGCCCAAAGGGGCCACCAUCAAGCGGAUCCAGCAGCAGACCCACACCUACAUCGUCACGCCGAGCCGCGACAAGGAGCCCGUGUUCGAGGUGACGGGCAUGCCGGAGAACGUGGACCGGGCGCGGGAGGAGAUCGAGGCGCACAUCGCCCUGCGCACGGGCAGCUGCGGCGGCGUGGAGGCGCCCGGCGUGGACAACAGCGACUUCCAGUUCAACGGCACCGACGUCAGCUUCGAGACCUCGGCGGCGCCGGCGGGCCUGGGCGAGGCCGGGUGGCUGCACGCCGGCCCGUCCUCGCCGGGCGCCGGCGGCCUGCUGCCGGCCAACCUGGGCGCCGCGCAGCGCGCCAACAGCAAUAUGAGCGGCGGCGCCAGGAUGUCUUCCACCUACCGCAACGACAGCUCCAGCUCCCUGGGCAGCGGCUCCAGCUCGGCGGAUUCCUUCUACGGCGGCGGGAACGGCAACCGGAUGGCCGAUUUCAGCCCAACCUUCCCGUUUAACGCCAAUGCUAACAACAACAACAACAACAACGGCGGCGGCAGUGGCAGCGGCAGCACAAGUUUCUGGUUUGGGGAGAGCCUCCUCGGCGUGGGAUCUGAGGAGCUCGUCGGCCUGGGAGGCGGAGGCUCCUCCUCGGGCUUCGAUCCGUUGACCAUUUCGACGUCCCAUACCUCUCAGACCGCCGCGCAGCCGCACAUCUGGAGCCCCUUUGUGGACCACCAGUCCCUCCCAGCCUUGGAUACCUUUCAGUCUCAGACCAGCCAGCCUGGUACACCCCGCCUCUCCCCCACCUUCUCCGGAAGCGAAGCCUUGGAGCACCCUCAGGCCCAGCGCGUGCACCGGAGGCCUUUCGGGUCAGCCGGAGCCCUGGACGCCCACCGAUUCCCCUCCUACAGCUCGGCCUUCUCCUCCUCCUCCAGCGAAAGCACGGCCUCCUCCUCCUCUCCUCCCGACUCCUCCUUCUCCUAUCGGCCGGGCUUCGGGUCGGCCGGGCGGGGGCAGGAGAUGUGCAUCCAGUGUGCGGAUAGCCAGGUGGUCGCCGCCCUGGUGCCCUGCGGCCAUAACCUCUUCUGUUUCGAUUGUGCCACCCAGAUCUGCCAGAGUCCGGAGGCCGCGUGCCCCGUGUGCCUGUCCCCAGCCACGCAGGCCAUUCAGCUCCGCAAUAUGUAAUUGUAAUCCAUUCAUCUUCGUCCUCCCCAAAACUUCUGUCUCAUCACACGUAGGAGGGGCUUAGAAAACUGACCCCACAUGGGUGUCUGGGUGUUGGGUUGACGAAGGGGCAGAAAGGCUAGGUGAAGUAAGAAAUGAUGCGUAUUAAGGGCAUGGUUUGUGUGCUCAGCCCGUUAAUGUGCCUGCUAUUGUGAAGUCUUCUUCCUUGGUUGAUUGAUCAACGGGGGAGGGUUUGGAGCCCUCUCUGUAGCAUUGGGAGGGAUGGGAAACGUAAAUCUAUAUAUAAAUAUCUAUUUUUUUGGUCAACAUGAUUUUUAGUUUACUUUUUUUUCUCAAAAGAUUUAAUUAUCAAUUUCUACCUUCUUUAAAAAACAAAUCUACAUUCAAAUGGAUUUGAAACGCAUUGUUGGCAAUUUGUCCAACAAUUAUUAUUUUUAACUUUUUAAAAAAGUUUUUUUUGGUUUGUUUUUCCUCUUUCUAGUCAAGUUUUCAAAAUUUUUACAAUGCAGGAAACGCAAAAUAAGAAAGAAGCGAGCAUGUUUAUCUGGAGAGUCACACCUUUGACUUAGUAUCAUUGAAUAAUACUCCUUUCUCUCGUGGGGUCCACAUGCUACAUUCAUCCCGUCAGGCCUAAUUUUAUCCAAGAUAAUUUAUUACUUUUUUCCGGCUACCGGUGAAUCUGCUCCUUUUUUAAAAAGGAUAUGUUUACAUUCAGUUUUUUUCCCCCUUUCCUUGCAUGAAAAGUUUUUUUUUUUAACUAAGUGGGUCAAACCUGCAACCAUGACGUUGCCACACUCCGAUGGACACCUCUUGUUGCUUACUGGUUUCUGUUUUCCCCAGAAUAAAACCGACGAGUAUGUAACACCUUUUUUGUAGAACACUAGGAUGUUACACCACUUCAGUAUCGCCACGUUGCUUUCCAUUUAUAUUUAAAACUGUUUACGGUAAACUUGUGCCUAGUUCUGCUCCGAUAAAACAAAAGAAACAACCGGUCAAGUGUUGCUCCAUCCUCAAACGAACCUGUGGCCUUUUUGGGAAGCCUGUAAUUAACUCACAACACUAUCUACAAAUCCAGAUCUCGGGCUUAAAGGAACACAAUCUGACAGACAGAAGCUGUAAUGUAUUUGUUGCGUCUCUUAAACGCAUUUCGAUGGAACAAAGCUUAUAUCAUGAGGAUUCUCUUUAGUUUAGCUCCAUGAUGGGCCUCUCCGAAGCCUUUUGUACCCGUCGCUUUGGAUUUUCAACGCCAAACUUUUUCCGGUCCCGUGUCAUUUCUGUUUUCCUUUUUGUUUACAUCCUCUGUAGAGGGAACCGUGAGCUGGUUUUCACCUGGAAAGCAAUGCACAUCUUGUACUUCUGUCACAUUCCUUCUCCUUUUGUGUUGUUUUCAUUUUUGUGGAUGUCAUAUGAAUGGCUCAUCGUUCUUCCGUAACCCUCAGCCGUGAGCAAAAAGCGUCGAUAUUCCCAGUGAUCUUGAACAAAUCCCACUAACGUACAGAUGGGCUGCUUUCUUCCUUUUUUUUCUUUUUUCUUUUCUUCAAGCCAUCUCAGUAAUCCACCUCCCUUUCACUUGAAUGCUAAUUUAUUUGGACUGAUCUGCCAUGUGGCUGUCCAGUUGAUUCCAUGGGAUGUAAAAUAGAGAUGAAGGCCAUCCGUUGCUUAGCUCUGUUGCACCGCGUCUCGUCUGCCAGGCCUAUGCAAAAAUCAUCUCAGUAUAUUAACCGCCCAAGGAAGCCCUAAGCAAACGAAGCUCCUGGGGUUUUAAUGGUCGAGCUCAAACAAACUGGCUUAAACUCGCAGAAAGACGUGUCCUUUCUUUCUUUUUUUUAAAGACUAUUUUUCCCUUCAUAGCCUGCUUCAAAGCAUUCAUGACAUGUCUCAGUGGUACACUAGUGGCUUCUUGUUUUAUCAGCUGCUUUGCUGUUUUGUGCACGACUAAGCACAGCCUCCCCUAUAUCUUAUCACACUAUUGAGUAGUUGGGACAAGUACAUAUUUUCCCUCUUCCUUCAACAUGUCUGUUCAUCCUCCUGGAAAGUACAGAAAAGGUACAAAAUGGUGGAAAUCAUCUCAAGUCUUAGCUUUAAACACCAGUGUCUCCAGACCUUUACAGGAUCGGGCGUGCAGAUGUUUUGAAGGGGAAGCAGCUGGGCUGGCUUCACUGUGGACCGUAGGCCCUCUGGUAUUCGGCUGUAAACGGUAUUUGGGGUUGGCUGCGUUGCUCAGCUGUUUCUUAAAUAUCUUUUCUUUUGUGGGUGAUUGAGAUAUCUUGGGGAAACGGAACCAAACGAGUCCCAAAAGUGCAAAAAACCCCAUCUGCUUCUGUCUCCUCGGGUCAUCUAUCCGUCCCAUUAUUUUUAUCUCCCUCUGCUUCAUGAACGGUCGAUCCCUUUCCUUUUUGUCCUUUUUUUUGUUGCUCUUUUUAUCCGAGGGAAUGCAAUACACGAUCGGCCUCAGUUUUCUUGACAAGAAUCUAUUGACAUUUUUGUGUAUGUAUUAUAUAUUACUGUUAAUGACUGAUGAAUAUACAGAACUUAUUUUUUAUUUUGUUACAUUUCAUAUAUACGUAAAUAUAUCUAUAUUCAAAUGUUUACAAUAAGAAUUAUUGUUUUUGUUUUUUUUAACCUUUUUCUUUUUCUUUUCCUGAGUGAUCAAGUGAAUGAAGAGCUGGAAAUCCAGAAAAUGUUGCAGGAAAGUGUCAGUGCUCUCUGCUUGUAGUCUAGUAAUUAGUUUACAGUAUUGAUAAUAGUAUUGGUAGCUGCCGAUAAACCUAGUUGAAAGUGGAAUGUGCAUCACAAGCAUGUCUUUAUGAUUUACCGCCAUUGUAAAACAUCACUGCAACUGUAAAAAGGCCAAGGAUUCGAGCUGCCUGUCAUGUCUGUACACCACCAAAUUAAGAACGGUAUACUAUUAAAAUGUAUCUUAGAUCAUCUAUAAAUACAUAUAUUGUUAAAAGCUGUACCAACAGUUCAAAGUAUUUGCUAAUUUUACUACACUUUUGUUAUGUAUAUGUGUAGGAGUCUUAAGGCAUAUAAAUUCUUCAAAUUAAGUCAGGAGUUUAAAAGCAGACUAUAUUUUAUAACGGCCUUUUAAGUUAUUGCGGCCAAAGCACUGAUAUUAUAUAUUUGCUGUAAAGAGAAUUUUAAGAGUUUUAUUUUUCUGAUAUUAAAGUUACUUAAUAAAGACGGUUUCGUUUAAAGCCA